GUAAUUUUUGAACAAAAUAGAAACCGCCACAAGCCCUAGACUACCGUCCGCUGAACUUUCUCAAUUCAUCAGCAGUGGCCUGUUAGGGUUUCAACUCUCAAUCAAAGGUCGAAGCCAUGUCGAAAAGAUAGUCAUAUGCAUUUUUUGAAAAUCUUUUCCAGGGUUCUUUGCAAGUUCUUUGCACGUGGAGCAUGUCUAAAAGGAGAGCACUGUGAUUUCUUGCAUGAUUCGGAAGAUGUUCCAAAUAAUGUGUGCACAUACUACCAAAAAGGAAUUUGUGCCUUUGGCAGCAGGUGUAGAUAUGAACAUGUUAAAAUUACUCGAUCACAACCUUCACUUCCAUCUUCAUCAGCUAACAUUGUUGAAUUGAAGAGAGUUAAUGCAACUGAUCAGUCAAUUUGCUCUUCCUCUACUGCUGGUAAUUGUCCACAAGGGAAAAAAGAGGAGCAUAUGAAAACAUGUGAAACAAGGGAAAAUCAGCAUGAUUUAUUGAAGCAUAGUCAGGAGAUAGAGUGUGGUGUAUGCCUUGAGCGUGUUCUUUCUAAGACAAUUAUGGCCGAGCGGAAAUUUGGGAUACUUUCUGAGUGUGAUCAUCCAUUUUGUAUAUCGUGUAUCAGGAAUUGGCGCAACAGUUCUCCUUCAAUUGGGAUGGAUGUCAAUUCUACUUUGAGGGCCUGUCCUAUAUGCCGAAAGCUUUCAUAUUUUGUAAUUCCAAGUGUCAUUUGGUACUCAACGAAAGAAGAAAAGCAAGAAAUCAUUAACAGCUAUAAGGCAAAACUCAGGUCUAUUGAUUGCAAGAAAUUUGACUUUGGCAAUGGGACCUGCCCCUUUGGAGCUAGUUGUUUCUACAAGCACACUGUCAAGCCAGGCUUAAAGCUGUGGAAUUCUACACUCAUGCCAGACUUACAUGGCUCAAGCUUCUCAGACGCAGAUGAAACGGAAAGCGGCUCUGAUGGAGAUAUGGAAAGCUUCAGAGCUUUGUUUGAGGAAGCAAUGGCUUUUAUGAUGUGGCUGCGCGAUUAUGAUACAAGUGAUGAUGAAUGAUUGUUGGAUCUAACUAGGGGUGUUCGUUGGUCGGUACAGUCCGGUAUUUAGACAUUUCGGUUCGGUAUUCGGUUUCUUAAAAUGCUAUACCAAAAUCGUACCUAAUUAAAUUCGAUAUGAUUCAGUUUUCUCCUUUCGGUUCGGUAA